AUGAAUGCGCAAACAAGAAAGUCUUCCCCUUUCUUUCACGAACAACUAUCAUGCCAGGAGACACAGGCUACUACUAAUACACGAGGUGUAGUGGAAAAAAAGGUAGAAACAGUAGAUUAUCAGUCAUCCCCAGGAAAAGGCCAAGAGAUAAGGAGGGUGGAGGUGAUUCACCAGUUCAAUCCCAAUGACAAUUCAAUCACAAGUGGUGGAAUCUUGGUCAGUGCUGCAGCUUCUGUAGCGUCAACCCUUGAGUCUACCAAGGAUGCUAUCUCUGGAAAAUGA